AUGUAUACUCGAUUCAUCACCACUCUCCUCGCUCUCGCCGCUUCGCUGGACGCACACCCAACGCGGCUUCAGCCUCGCAGUACAUCUCAUCAAAUUGGCUACAUCUCCGUCGACGUCGCCACACUAUGGACAAACCCCCAUAAACCACGGCCGGUCGAUGCACCAGCCCUGACCAACCCAGCCAAUCCAGAGGAAUGGCUACACGACAUGACACUCAAGCAGUUCCUCAACCUCACGACCCAAGACCGCACCCAGAGCCAAGCGCUCUAUGGCGACCUCGUGUACAUCCUCGACGCCAAAGACGGUUGGUACCAUAUUGCCGCCACCGGCCAGCCCACGCCUAAGAACAAGCUGGGCUAUCCAGGGUGGGUGCCGGCGGCGCAAGUCUCCCUCGACACUGGGUUUGGAGCGCUGCAAUCCAGCAUGCCCUUUGCCCUGGUCGACAAUGCCACCUCGGUUAACAUUUACCGCGAUGCGGACAUGAGCGACGUCUUCAUGAGCGUCAGCUACGACACGAGAUUGCCCGUCAUCGGACAAACUAGCGACGCCAUACAAGUCGCCGUGCCGAGCGGCGGCUCAGCCUACCUUUCCACAAGCGAUGCUUCAGUCUACUCCUCGGAGACCGCUAUCCCGUAUCCCAAGGGCCAAACACUGGUGGACGCCGCUCAACGCUUCAUCGGCCUCCCCUAUCUCUGGGGUGGAACGUCAGGCUACUCCGUCGACUGCGCCGGCCUAACGCACACCAUCUAUCACGCCAACGGCAUCCUGAUCGGCAGAGAUGCGAGUGCGCAGGCCGACUCCAACUACACUGGCCACGGGGUGCAGGGGACAAGCGUUGCGCGCGCGGAUCUGCAGCCGGGUGAUAUCAUCUUCUAUGCGACGAAUUUGAGCGAUCCGCAGACGGUAUAUCAUGAUGCCAUGUAUGCGGGUAAUGGGCAGAUGAUUGAGGCGUAUGGGGCGGGCAUUCCGGUGAGGAUUACGGCGGUGAGGUUCAAUGAUGAUUAUUGGGGGGCGGAGCGGUUCUUGACUGGCUAG